AUGAGCGCAGAUCUCUCCGACGCCCAAGACUCCCCCAUGAUCAAAGGAGAGGGUCUCUCCAAGGUUGAUUAUCUCUCCGAUGACGAUUAUUGCUCCUCGAGCGAAGAUUCCUCCGCGGACGAAGAAUAUCUCGGAGAUAACGUUGGUUUCAUCAAAUAUCCCUCCGAAGAAGAAGAUCUCUCCAAGGUCGAAGAAGAUCUUUCCGAGGACGACGAAGAUUCCUCCUCCGACGUUGAAGAAGAUCCCACUCAAUUCGCAUAUCUCCUCGCAGCCGAAGAUUACUCCAUGUUCGAAUACUUGAUUUAUCGAGGCCCUCACACAUGCCUUUUCUGGAACUUGGAGGACUAUCCAAUCCCGGAAAGUGCUGAUUUUGUUUCUAUCCAUCGAAACAUCAAGUUAGCUCUUCACCGGAUGGGCGUUCAUGGUUGGCUGGAUAUCUGGGUGUAUGGUGACAAACCCAACCACGACGAAUCGGAUUUGUACGACAAAGCCAAUAUCACAUACAUACCAAAACGUCGAGGUCCAGUGUCGAUUCCUGGACGAAUCUCUGUGGACAUUCUUGAAAUGUCAAGAAACAACUAUCCUGACAGAACAGCUUAUGUGGUAAUCGCAAAACAAAAUCCAGAGUUGAAGAGGGUUCUUCAGUGUUUGCAACUGAGAUAUCAUCACGCUUGCAUCAUUGUAGAGCCUCAAGAUGGUCUUUUUCAGUCUGCAGACUCACUUUAUUGCCGCGCACUAUUUGUAGAUGGAGGAAAGACUAUGCCACGUGUGUCUUCUCUCAAACGUCUGAAACCCGUCCUAGAGGAUUCCACUGGCCUCUUCUGGGAUGCCAAGGAUUUCCCAUUCCCUGUUGGUGUUGGUUGGUCUCCUGAUACUGUCUACACAAAUAUCAUGUCAUGUUUGACUGAAAUUUCUUGUGUUAUGGGUGACCUGUCAAUCUCUUCUUAUGUUGAUGAGAAGAAAGACUCUUGGGCUGACUUUCUGUGUCCGAAAUCCAGAAUCGACUUAUAUCCGGCAGGGAAUAAAAAAGGUAGGCUUGAGAGAAUGUUAAAUGACAUUCUCUUAUGGUCAAUCCACUAUAGGCGAGCAAAUUUGAUCGUAGUCUCAGAUAAUCUCACUAGCGAGUUCUUCGACAUCCUUGAACAUUUAGGUUUGAAAGGUUACCGUGUUUUCUUGGCGACUCCAAGUAAGGACACCAAACCAAAAAGCCGUCCAUGGCCACAACUCCAGCCCGAUCAAGUACACUUUUUCGGUUUCGGAACCAAAAGCAAACGCCCACCACAACCUAAAAGGCUUAAAACCGGAGAUGAUGUGUAG